UUUAAUUGAUAAAUUAUAGUGUAAUGGAAUCAUCAGAGAAAUUAUUGGUAGGUGAGAACUUAAAGGAUAAAACUGAGCUCAAAAUUCUUCAUAUUACUGAUUUGCACACCGAUAAGCAUGGCAUGGAUAAAAUGCUCCAGUUCAAGGAGAAAGUUAAAGAAGAAUCUAUAUACUAUGAUAUCAUUUUGAUAUCAGGUGACAUGCAGAGCUAUAUGAUGAAAGAUUGGGAAGAUCCAAUGAUUUGCACUAAAGCAUUGCAAGAGAUCACAUCUAUUCUGACUUACGCUCAUUCUAUAUGUCCAAAUGUGUAUUAUAUUCCUGGGAACCAUGAUCCUCCAGAUUUGUUCUGCUGUGAUGAUACUCCUCGACCAAGCUUGAUAAAUUUGGAGCCAGAUAUGCAGACAAUUCAGUUUCAACUAAAGGAAAAUUGAGAGAAUAUCCAUGGUAGAAUUGUGGAAGUUUGUAAAGGUCUCAAAAUAGCUGGCUUUGGUGGCUCCAAAGAUAAUAUUAUCGUUGAAGAUGGAAAAGAUGUAGAUACAAUCUGGGAACCAUAUCCUUACAAAGAUGAAGAGGAAUUCUCAACCUGCCUUAAUGCUCUUAUCAAAAACCUAAAGAAGCAACAAGAGGAAGAGGAUUUCCAGACAAUCUUGAUGACUCAUAUUGGUCCUAGAAGUUCAGAAUCAACAAUAGAUAGAGAGUUUUGUGAUAAUGAAAUUCAUAUGGGUUCUGAAUCUAUAGAAGAUUGUAUGAAAGAUCAAGAAGGCAAGAUAUUAUGCAAUAUUCAUGGACAUAGCCAUGAGUCAGCCAAGAACACUGAGGUGCACUCUAUUCCAGUUAUAAACUCUAAUGCAUUCUUCCUUGGGCAGUAUGGAGAGAUUUACUUUAAAAAAAACUCAACCACAGAGAAAUGGGAACUGGAGGAUAUUAAGUUCAAAGAAUUUUAAUUUCAACACUCAGAUUUUCUCAA